AAACUUAAUGUAUAUGAGCCCAAUUCAUCUGAUAAAUGUAUAAUACUUUUGAAAUCCUUAGAAUUCAUUUCAAUACGUUCAACUCUGUAUUAUUCGUUUAUUACUCUUAAACAUCUGACUGAAUGAGAAUUUCAGUAAACAGAAGUUCUCUCAAUCUCAAUCCACGAUGUUAUCAAAUUUCUUGCUCAUAUUCCUACUUGGGUUUGUAACGUCCCAAAAAAACCCCCAUUUUCUGGAAGAUCGAUCGACAAUUGUCCAUCUUUUCGAAUGGAAAUGGAAGGAUAUUGCCCAGGAGUGUGAAAAUUUUCUAGCUCCUCAUGGAUACGCCGGCGUCCAGAUCUCACCUCCAAACGAAAAUUUGAUCCUAAGUUCUCGACCUUGGUUCGAACGAUAUCAACCUCUCAGUUACGUUCUGGAAACACGGUCCGGAAGUGAAAAGGAAUUGGAGGAAAUGUCCAGGAGAUGCAACAAAGUAGGGGUCAGGAUAUUCGCAGAUAUCAUCUUCAACCACAUGACAGGAAGCGACGGUAUUGGAACCGCUGGUAACAGAGGUGAAGCUACCAACGACAAUUACCCUGGUGUACCAUAUACCAGAGAGCAUUUCCACGAUCCGUGUACCAUCACAAACUACAACGAUGCAUAUCAAGUGAGAAACUGCGAACUUGUCGGACUAAGAGAUUUGAAUCAGACAGAAGAAUACGUAAGGGACAAGGUGGUGGACUUCUUGAACCACUUGAUAGACCUCGGCGUGGCAGGGUUCAGGAUAGAUGCAGCCAAGCACAUGCUACCGGAGGACAUGGGGAUAAUUUUUGGAAGAUUGAAGGAUCUCAACACGGAUUAUGGCUUCGCACCGGGCUCCAGAGCUUUUAUUUAUCAGGAAGUUGCUGGCUUUGGUGGCGACGCAGUACCAAGAGAACUAUACACCGGCAUCGGUACUGUCCUCGAGUUCAAAUACGGCAACCGUCUCAGCAACGUUUUCAAGAAAAACGACAAGAUGAGGUUCUUGGACAGCUGGGGACCAGCGUGGGGCUUAGUAGAUCCGGGCAGCGACUCUGUGACCUUCAUAGACAACCACGACUCCCAGAGGAGCGACGGCAGCAUCUUGAACUACAAGAGCUCGAAGCCCUACAAGAUGGCGAUCGCCUUCAUGCUGGCCCACCCUUACAACGGUACCCCGAGGAUCAUCUCCAGCUUCGAUUUCGUAGACACCAACACUCCACCGCCCCAGGACUCCAACGGCAACUUGAUAUCGCCGGGAUUCAACAGCGACGACACCUGCACCAACGGGUACAUCUGCGAGCACAGAUGGCGCCAGAUCUACAACAUGGUCGAGUUCAGGAACGUGGUGAGAGACACCGGCAUAAACGACUGGCAAACAAUGGCCGAUCAACAGGUGGCCUUCUGCAGGGGCAACAAGGGAUUCAUCGUGUUCAAUAACGAGGGUAACAUGGAUACGCAAGUUCAUGCCUGCGUGCCGCCCGGAGAAUACUGCGACGUCAUAUCCGGAAGUCUGGUAGACGGAAGGUGCACCGGUAAGGUGAUCGUCGUGGAUCAGGAUUGCAACACCCACAUCACCCUGUACGACAGCGAGGAGGACGGAGUCAUAGCUAUACAUCAGAACUCGAAGAGGAAUUAGUUAACUCGUAGAAGUUUCCAAAUGCUGAUGAAAUAGGUAUUUCAUCAAUAAAAACGUGU